GAAGGAAAAGAAAAGAAAAACGAAGAUGGAAAAUUGAGGAGAAAUUCUCGAGAGGAAAAGGGAGGCCGCGUACAAGUCUCCUCCUACCUCGCGGGAGGCCGCCGUCCGACGAGAUCCCGCCACCGCCACCGCCACCGCCACCGCUUCCUCAGCCUCGUCGCGCGCGCGUGCUGGUGCUGCGGCUGCGCGCCUUGCCUGCGGAUUCCUCUUCCCCCUCCAUGCUCCUCCGGUCGGCGCCGCGCCGCCUCCACCUCCUCCGCCCGCACCACCUCCGCCUCCUAUCCACCGCCGCCGCCGUCGCGGCUCCGCCUCCGGCGCCCACCGAGUGGACGGAGGCACCCGUCUCCUCCGUCCGCGCGGCCACCGCCGACGCCUCCCUCUUCCACGUCUCCCUCGACCUCUCCUCCCACGCCGACCUCCUCGCCUCCCACGUCGCCGCCGGCCAGUUCCUCCCCUUCCGCCUCCCCGACACGCCUUACCCGAUCUUCCUCGCCAUCUCCUCCCCUCCCCCGCACCUCCUCCUCGCCAGGUCCUUCGAUUUCCUCGUUAAGCGGCUCCCCGGCACCCCCUCCGCACGCCUCUGCGACCUCCGCCCCGGCGACCUCGUCCACGUCGGCGGCAGCGUCGUCGGCCGCGGAUUCGAGGUCGGCAGGAUCGCUGACGCCCGCGACAUCCUCGUCUUUGCAACCGGAUCAGGGAUCAGUCCAAUUCGGUCACUCAUUGAGUCGGGUUUUGGUGAAACUAAGAAUAUUGAUGUAAGACUCUUUUAUGGGGUUAGAAACCUUCAGAGGAUGGCAUAUCAGGAGAGAUUCAGUAAUUGGGAAUCCAGAGGAAUCAAAAUAAUACCAGUUCUGUCAAGACCAGAUGAUCAAUGGACUGGUGAGCGAGGUUAUGUCCAGAAUGCUUUUUCUAGGUUGAAAAAAGUUGUAAAUCCUUCAUCCAUGGGAGCAAUUUUGUGUGGACAUAAACAGAUGUCUGAGGAAAUUACGAGAGCUCUUGUUGCUGACGGUAUGCCGAAAGAUAGAAUCUUAACAAACUUCUGACUGCCACUGGCCCACUAGAACACAGUUUUUGGCCUUCUAGUUGUACCUUUAUUACUACAACACAAUUGUUAUUCUUUACAGCAAGUGCGAUGGAAACUCGCAAGUCGCAACAGAGGAACAGUUUUGUACUUACAUAUAGGAGCUCUUUUCCCCCAAUUUUCAUGUACGAUGCACCAUGCUACAUUGUAUAUGGAUGUUGAUAGCCUCAGCCUGAUGUAUUAAUAACAUCUGGUGGAAGACCCAAACUGGGGUAGUUUUGUACCUCCUAAAACAAUAUCCCCGUGGAAGGUAGUGUUGAUGUACUCGCUCAAUAAAAGGGGUAGCAGUUACAUUUUCAUAGUGUUCCGGUGUGCCUUCAGAUAUGAGUGUCCUGUUGCUAGAAGGCCAUUAAAGUUUUGAAUUCAUUCGAGAUGAGUUCGAUGUAUAUGUAACUGCUCUUCGAUCAUAUAGAGCCUAUAUAGGCAUGAUGGGCCAUAUCUUUGCAAUGUGCGAUCCAGCUUUAUU